AUGACAAGAGUGCCUUUCGGUACGACGUCAAGUCCCUUCUUGUUGACUGCAACUUUGCAGCACCAUCUACGGUCAGUGGACGAGCCCGAUAGAGACCUUGUUAACAAAUUAAUUGACGCAUUCUACGUCGACGAUCUGCUUCUUGGCGUAGCCAACGAUGAAGAAGGAAAGAAAAUCGUCCAAAGGGCUCAAGACCUCCUAGAGAAGGCAGGCAUGAAGUUAUCGAAAUGGACUUCAAAUUCAGCUGAGCUCCAAGACAUGUUCUUGAAUACACACGUUGGCAGCCUGAACGACGAGAAGCAGUUUUCAGAGCUGUCGCAGACCAAGGUCCUCGGUGUGGCGUGGGAUAGGCGCAGCGACAGGUUACGGUUCUCAGCGGAUCAUCUCAUGGAAGUAAUCUCUGACAUGAGAGACACCAAGAGGGCUAUAUUGGGAGCGUCCGCUAGGCUGUUCGACCCGUUAGGCUUCUUAUCCCCGUACACUAUCAGAGCUAAGAUGCUCUUCCAAGAGCUUUGGAAGGCGAAGCUGGAUUGGGAUACAGAAUUCCUGACGAUUUGGCCAAGAAGUGGCAUGCGUGGCGCGCUGAGCUACCCGACCUACGGGACGUGUCCGUGCAACGAUGCGUACUCCCGGAGAGUGGUUCGGUACGGUACCAACUCCACAUCUUCACACGCCAGUCCAAGUGCCUAUGGAGCGUGUGCAUUCCUUCGAAGCACAAGUGACACCAUGGAGACGAAAGUGGUUCUACUCUUCGCCAAAUCACGCGUGGCGCCACUGAAAGUCAUCACGCUACCCAGACUAGAGCUACUGGGAGCUGUGGUUGGUGUUCGAAUCGGGAAAUUUCUACAUCAAGCACUGGCUCUACCGGAUGAGGAGAUGACUUUCUGGACAGACUCCACUAUUACACUGAGUUGGAUCCAGAGUAAAGCAAGCAGGUGGAAACCCUUCGUCAGAAACAGGGUAGCUGAGAUCCAAGAAAAGAGCAGUGUGCAGCAGUGGAGGCACUGCCCUGGGUAUGAGAACCCCGCGGACGCGGUGACGAGAGGACAAACUGUCAAGACGUUGUCUCGAAACAAACAGUGGUUCGAGGGGCCAUCUUGGCUUUCGAAGCCGGAGCAGUUUUGGCCGGAACAGCAUCAGAAUGAUGUCAGUGCCUUCAGCAGUGUCACGGAUGAAAUGACAAAAGCGGCGGUUCUGACAACUGGCGCAGAAGCAACUUCCCCUUUGUUCGACCUUGCUACGUACAGCGACUACAACCGCGCUCUGCGCGUUACCAGCUGGGUCAGAAGGUUCACGGAAAACUGCCGUCGUAGCGUGCGAACCACCGGGCCGCCUACAGCCAUCGAGAUAGCAGAGUCAGAGACGUUUUGGGUGAAACACACUCAGAAGGAAGUCUUUCCUGAAGAGAUUCAAGCGCUGACAAAGAAUCGUAGAAUCAGCGAAACUUCAAGGAUAGCUCAGCUCAACCCUUUUCUCGACGAAGGUGGAGUAAUGCGGCUAGAGGGCCGGCUUCAGUGUUCAGACAACUGUGAGGAUAUCAAACAUCCCAUCAUACUACCGAAAUGCCACGCCUUGGCUAGGCUGAUUAUUAUGAACACGCACCGACGCAUGCUACACGGCGGGGUACAGACGACAAUGUCGGCUUUGCGUGAAAGAUGGUGGUUGCUUCAAGCUAGACAGGCAGUGAAGUCGGUCAUCCACCGGUGUGCUGUCUGCGUGAGAUUCCGGGCACGACCAGCGUCUGCGCCAACAGCACCGCUGCCAGCUACCCGGACCGACCCGACUCACCCAUUUGAUACCACGGGUGUGGACUUUGCUGGCCCCCUAUAUGUGAAGACCACAACCAACACGGCAUCACCAAAGUGUUAUGUCGUACACUUCACUUGUGCGACCACGAGAGCUGUACAUCUGGAGUUGGCGACGGAUUUAACAGCGAGAGCCUUCGUCAUGGCAUUCCGGCGAUUUUUGUCAAGGAGAGGGGUACCGUCUACCAUCUACAGCGACAACGCUCUGGCCUUCAAGAAAGCGGCGCGAGACAUCCGAGAGCUCUGGAAAGCCAUGUGCAGCACCGAGUUUCAAGAUUUUGUCUCGACAAAACGGAUUCACUGGCAAUUUAUAGUCGAGAGGGCAGCCUGGUGGGGCGGCAUGUGGGAACGGAUGGUUCGAACUGUCAAGAACUGUCUACGCCGAUCCCUGGGUCGCCAAAGUCUCACAUUCGAGGAGCUAGAAACGCUUCUCUCAGAAGUAGAAGCUGUCGUAAACUCAAGACCAUUAACCUUUCUACAUUCGAGUCCAGAGGAACCCAUCGCGCUGACUCCAGCGCACCUGCUGAUCGGAAAGACUUUGACGGCCUUGCCGGAACAACCUGCGGCUCCUGUGAAGCCUUCGACAGCCAGUACAGCGGUCAAAAGAUGGCGUCACCGACAACAGAUUGCGGACAGGUUUUGGAAGAGGUGGAAACAGAGUACCUCCUUGAACUUCGGUCGGCACAUUUGUGUCGCGCUCAACGUAACCAAAGAGCAAUUGGCGAAGGUGAUGUGGUCCUACUGCAUGAAGACAAGGCGCCAAGGAGCAUGUGGAAGCUCGUGA